AUGGACCUGGAUGUGAUGAAUAUGUUUGCCGUUGCGCUGGGGACCAUGGCAAUUCCUCUCCUUCUUUUCAUGGCCUCUUUUCUCCUCUGGCCAUCUUCUCUUAUCAAAGUGUACUACUGGUACUGGAGGCACACUCUGGGUCUGCAGGUGCGCUAUGCUGACUGUGGUGGGUACCGGUUCUGCUUCUCCUACAGAGGGAGACCAGGACUACGGCCCUCCAUUCUCAUGCUGCAUGGCUUCUCUGCCCACAAGGACACGUGGCUGUCUUUGGUUAAGUAUCUGCCUAAACACCUACACAUACUUUGUGUGGACAUGCCGGGCCAUGAAGGUACCACUCGCACUAAUAAAGAGGAUUACUCCAUCCAAGGUCAAGUUAGGAGAAUACGGCAGUUUGUGGAAUGCAUUCGACUUAACAGGAAGCCAUUCCACUUAGUAGGCACUUCAAUGGGUGGGAAUGUGGCAGGGGUGUAUGCAGCCACGUACCCUGCUGACGUCUGCAGCAUCACCCUCAUCUGUCCAGCUGGCAUUAAGUACCCAUGUGAGACCAAAUUUGACAACCACUUGCAGGACCUUGAGGAGAGCCACUACACGCUCAACAUCCCCCUUAUCCCCACCAACCCCGAGGAGAUGGAGGACAUGCUCAAGCUCUGCUCUCACGUCAGAUUCAAAGUCCCCCAGCAGAUCCUUCAAGGAUUAGUGGAUGUGAGAACUCCCCACAAUGAUUUUUAUCAAGAGGUGUUUAUGGAGCUUGUGGGAGAAAGCUCACGAUUAGCCUUACAUGAACAUAUGCACCUAAUCACAGCACCUUUACAAGUCAUAUGGGGUAAACAAGACCAGAUCGUAGAUGUUUCGGGGGCCACAGUGAUUGCUGAGACUUUGCCCGGGUGUCAAGUGGACUUGUUAGACAAUUGUGGCCAUUCUGUGGUGAUGGAGCGACCACGCACAACAGCCAAGCUCAUGCUGGACUUCAUUAUCACUCAGCAGAACAUAAGAAGUGAAAGCAACAAGAAGAAAUGCUGA